AUGUCUCAUUGUCUUAAUAAGUUGCAAAUCCCUGAUACAUAUCUUCCAAUUAUAGAAGUUGAGAGUGACACUCAGAAUAAUAAUGUAUGUGAAGAAUGCACCCAACUUAUACACCAAACGUAUCAGACAAUGCUUGAGACUGAGAUACAAACAUGAGGAAGAGUUAAACCAAUUCAUGAUGAAAAUCUUCUUAGAACUCGUCAAAAACUCCGAGAUUUUGUCAUUAAUGUCUAUAAGCAAAUUGCAAAAUCAUUGAAUAUAAACAAAACAUUGACAGGAAUUAAUAGCUCAGUGAUUCACAUUUGAGUGACUUAUAUUGACAUUAUCCUCUCAAAUCAUCAGGUUUCCAAACCUGAGUAUAAACUCCUUGCUCUCAGCUGUCUAUCAAUAGCUGCUAAAUUCGAGGAGGAUGAUCCAAAUCUCCCUUUAGCGCAUGAAUUCAUAAAGUUUAGUGGAUUAAAAAUUGAUAGGAAAAUAUUUAUCCAGAAAGAAGGGGAAAUCCUUCAAAAAUAUCUCAAUUGGGAUCUCAAUGUGACAACUGUUUACCAUUUCGCUCAAUCAUUAAUCUCAAUGGGUAUUAUAUUCACAAACGAUACUGUAAAAGGCAGCCAGAUUGGAGAAAAACAGCUCAAAUAUAUGAAGAAGAGAGUUAUGUUUUUCGUAGAUCUCAGCUCUGAGUGAAACAAAUUGCGCAAAAAUAUUCUCACAGAAACUUCAGGCUUCAUCAGUUCAAGAAGUAAAAGCAAGAAUAAAUUAAUCUUCAAUGAUUCUAUCAAGUUCACACCUUCAAUAAUAGCAGUUGCUUGAAUUAUUUGAGCAAGAAAGAUGAGCAAAUUUGAUAAUUUAUGGAAUCCAAAAUUAACUGAAUUCACAGGGUAUCAAGACCCAUUUAAAAUAAAAGGGGUUCUUAAAGAUUGCUUCGAACUCAUGUGGGAAUUCUAUGUUGAAACAUACAAAUUCCUAAAGCAACAACAAAGUGAGAGAGUGAUGACUCAAAGAGCCCAAAGGACUCAAAACUCAACGAACAACAUUCAAAGCCACUUGAACACAGCUCGGAACCAAAAUUCGAAAUUAAAAAUACCAAAUCUAAAUUUGAAUUCUCUCAAUUUUGUUAAGGAGAAGUUUUUAGAAAACAAAAACUUCCAGAUUAAAAGUAAGAUAAAAUAAGUUGGAUUGAAAUAAGUGCGACCUACCUCUCCAAAUUACCCAAAGAAGCAACAUCAGGAGCCAGAAGGAGAUAGAACUAGAUGUGAACAACAAGAUUUAAGAAAUUACAACACUCUUUAAACAUGAAGACUAAUAGAAAACAUCAGCAAAGUUAUUGUCCUUCGUUCGCAAAUUCUCAUAUACAGAAAUCUGAGAGGAAUCAGUGUUUUAAGCCUUUACUUCGCAGCAAGAGCGUGAAGGAGAAGAUUAGAGGUCAAAACUCCCAAAUACACAAAACAGAACUCUUUGCAAAUGCAUCAGGAAGAGGAAGGUCUACCAAUCACUUCUUAGUUAAGAAGAAUAUGGCUUUGAAUAAAAAGUCUAAAGCCCUGGUAAACCUAGAGUCUGCGAUACACAAGAAUAUUCCUGAGAUGUUUAAGAAGAGAACGCAUAAUCGAAGUGUAGCGGGAAGCAAGAGUUAUAUACACCACAAUAUGUCAAAGGAUGUCAUUGGGCCACCCAAGAUAGAUAUUAGCUCUAUUUUAAACACCAAAUCUAAUGGAGGAUGUCUAACAGAAAGGAAUAAUUUUAGCAGAGAUAAAGCAAAUAAUCCUAAAAUCUCUCUUAAAUCUAAAAAUUUCAACUUAAAAUUAUCAAAAGGAAACCUUCAGAAAGUAAGGUCAUUGAAAAACAAGACCAGGCAAUUGAGAAAGAAUUCAUAUGAAAAUAUAAAUGCUAGCAAGCCCAAGAUUAGAAAUGACACACAAAUUCCUAAAAUCUUCAGGAAAAUUAAGAAAGAAAUCCCAAUUCUUAAGAUAGCGAGUGACCAAAAAUGGCAGCAAUAUAGUGUGAAAGAACUCACCACAGAAUUCUCAAAUGGAUAUGUAGACAAGAAUGAAACUGCUACUACAGCUAAAAAUAUUAAGAAGAGAGGUGUGGAGAAGUACAUCAAAAAUUCCCUUAUAUCAAUGUCAAAUAUGAUUAAAAAUACUAGCAGUAGAACUUCAAGGAAGAAGUUGCUGUCUAGUCGUAAAACAGCCAAGCAAAACUCAUCUAAGAAGAAAUCUAAGAAUAAAAUCAGCUUGCUAAAUUACUCAAAAACCAGCAAGAAUAGUCAGAGCAAUAUUUACCAAAAUUUCAGCACACAGGAUAUAAAGCAAAAGCCUGGUAGCUCCUACAAUCCCAUGUUUGUUCUGCCUAAAGAUAAGAGGAGAAACCUUUGAAAUAAUACAAGUCUUAAAAGACUAGGAGAUUCUAGUGUAUUUGGAAAGAACCAAGAGAAUGUCCCUCCUCAAUCACUCAAUACUACAAGAAACAACUUGAGUCAAUGAGGUUUGUUCAGGCAAAGAUCUACUCGCAAUUUCAUGAAGAAUAUGAAAGUGAUAAAUCCAGGUACUCAGAAAACCGACUUGGAGAGCACAUUGAAGCUAUACUGUGAUGACCUUGGUGCCAAUUCAGUGAGUCAUAACUACUCAAAUAUGUCUUUAUGCCAUACAAAGAAGAGGAAAGAGGCAUCAGUUUACUACAAAAGACUUAUUAGGUAA